CGUUUUAACUGCUGCUGCUGCAACCUCCUCCGCUCCCUUUCACUAAACCCUACCAGAAACUCUCUCUCUCUCUCUCUCUCUCUCUCUCUCUCUCUAACUAAAACCCACCACAAAGUCGAACAAGAAGAAAGAGAUGACGAGUGGUCUCGUCCUUCUGAGAAAAUCAGCUUCGACUCGAUCAACGAUUGCCGCCGUAACAUUCUCCCUCGAAUCUCUCCUUCACCAUCACAUUCGCCCCCGCUCUCAUUUCUCGCCCCCCGAACCUGACCUCGCUCUCUCCGCAAAUGCACUCUCCGGCAGCGGUCGUAUCGUCCAGAACUCCGCGUCGAUCGGGCGGUGCCUCGGCGGCGGCUUCGGAGGAGCGUUGAGCGGAAGGAGCUUUCACGCCGGGCCCGCCUUCAAUUUUAGGGCUUCGGUCCCGGCGUCGCGGCCCGAGUUCGCUGUGGAUGAUUUCGCGGCGGACGAGGACAAGUCCAGAGGCCACGGGACUGGUACUAGUGAUGAUGGUCUGGAGAUAUCUAAGCUUGGGAUCUCCGAGCAUAUCGUUUCCGCUUUGGCCAAGAAGGGAAUCACUAAGCUCUUCCCAAUUCAGAAAGCUGUGCUGGAACCAGCAAUGCAAGGACGUGACAUGGUAGGUCGCGCUAGGACAGGAACAGGGAAGACCCUUGCUUUUGGCAUUCCCAUCAUGGAUAAGAUCAUUCGGUUCAAUGAAAAGCAUGGAUGUGGAAGAAAUCCUUUGGCGUUACUUUUGGCCCCAACUAGAGAGCUUGCUCGCCAAGUUGACAAGGAAUUUUAUGAGUCUGCUCCCAAGUUGGAUUCACUAUGUGUCUAUGGCGGCGUGCCCAUCUCACAGCAAAUGAGUAAGCUUGACCAUGGCGUUGAUGUGGUUGUUGGCACCCCUGGACGGGUUAUAGAUCUGAUCAAGAGAGGUGCUUUGAAUUUAUCGGAAAUUCAGUUUCUUGUUCUUGAUGAAGCUGAUCAGAUGCUUAAUGUCGGCUUUGCGGACGACGUCGAGACUAUUUUAGAGUAUCUGCCAAAGAAACGUCAGAGCAUGAUGUUCUCAGCAACAAUGCCAAGUUGGAUUAGGAAACUUACCCAAAAGUACCUAAAAGAUCCAUUAACAAUUGAUCUUGUAGGGGAUUCUGAUCAGAAGCUGCCAGAUGGAAUUUCUCUAUAUGCAAUUGUGUCUGAGAUGUUUGAGAAAUCAUCAAUCAUUGGACCUCUGAUAACGGAACAUGCAAAAGGAGGUAAAUGCAUUGUUUUCACACAGACAAAGCGUGAUGCUGACAGAUUAGCAUAUUCUAUGCAAAGAAGUUUCAAAUGUGAAGCUUUGCAUGGCGAUAUUUCACAAAAUCAGAGGGAGAGAACUCUUUCAGGAUUUCGAGAUGGUCGCUUCAAUGUUUUAGUGGCCACUGACGUUGCUGCUCGCGGCCUUGAUGUACCAAAUGUUGAUCUGAUUAUACACUAUGAACUUCCAAGCACUUCGGAGAUCUUUGUUCAUCGAUCUGGCAGAACAGGACGCGCUGGCAAGAAGGGAAACGCGAUUCUCAUUUACUCAUCAAAUCAAGUAAGGGAUGUGAGGUUGAUCGAGCGGGAUGUUGGAUGUAAAUUCAUAGAGCUUCCAAGGAUUUCUGUUGAGGGUGGACCCAGCAACAUGUUCGGUGACAUGGGUUCAAGCCGUUUCAGCUCUUAUGGAGGUAAUGGCAGGAGUCGAUUUAGUGAUUCAGGUUUUGGUCGUUCUGGUGGCGGCUAUGGUGGUCACUCAUCUGGUCGUGGUGGUGGUUUUGGUGAACCUGGCUCCAAUCGUUCAGGUUAUGGUGCAUCUGGUUCUGGUCGAUCGGGUGGUGGGUAUGGCGGACUUGACUCAAGCCGCUCAAGCAAUUCUGGUGGUUAUGGGUCUGGCCGUUCCAGUAGAUUUGGGAACCUUGGUGGCUCUGAUCGGUCAAGUGGUGGUGGGGACUUUGGCUCAGGUCGUUCUGGUCUAUUUGGUGAUGUUCACUCAACCAGAGACAGUCGUGACUUUAGUGAUACUCGUUCUAGUCGUGGUGGCUUUGGUGAUGACAAUACUUGGAGGAAAAAGUCGUUCUAACUUUAUGGCGAGAAAUGAGAACUACAGAGGUCUGCGUCGAGGAUUGAAGCAGGCAAUUAGGAAUCUGGUAGUUGGAGAGUGUGGUGGGGUUGUGUGCUCUACUUCAGACUCUGCUGCUUAUAUUUUUUUUGUACUCAUUAUGAGAGCGUGUAUAUAGAUUGUCUCCUGCUUAGUAUUAGAUACAGUAAGAAGUAUCCUAUAUGUAAUUUAUGUCACAUCAAUGGAAAAUAGAUCGUCUUUUGCUGUC